UUGGUAACCAGCGAUCGUGCUCGGCCAUUCUGUUGGUAUGUUGUUACUGUCCUCCUAGUAUGUUGCUACGCUUUAGGAGACUUAGUGCAUGAAGUUGGACUACAGAUACAGAGACUAAUCUAUCUGCUCAUCGCUCGGACUCCGACAUCACUGAGUAUUCAUUGUGGAGGUCGUAACGGGGGUGGAAACGCUAGAUGUAUAUUCCUCGAGCGUCGUGAGAAAGAAUCAUAUCCUCCUCGUGCGGCAAUGCAACCACCAGUAGAAUCGUCUUCACGCUCAUCACCGCUCAGUGUGCAGACUAAUGCGACGAUGAGUGUCAACUUUAAGGUUCAGAUGUGGCAGAAUCGGCCACUGGACAGCGGUGUACACACGAUGACCCAUAGCCAGGCUCCAUCAGUGAUUUCGAUGACGUCAAUCCAUGCUGGCUCGCAGAUCUCUACCAUGUCCUCGGCUAUCGACACUGACGCGGCCGAACUAACUGACCAGCAACAGCAAAAAUUCGAG